AUGGAGUCCGAUUUGUGGAGUUUGCUGAAUGAUCUCCUGACACGGACCGUUGGUCACUCUGUAACUGCUGAACUUGAAAAAUUUCGGUCCAUUAUUCCUGAGGCUGGUAUGCAAUUGCUCAACAUCGUCUCCCAGGCAGAUUUCUUUCUUAAUCGUCUAGAAGAAAGACACCGUCAGAAGAUUAUCUCUGCCAUUAUUGGUGAUAUUUAUGCUCGCGUCGAACAUAUUUUUCAUUACUCCGCCUCGUGCUUAAGGGUUUGUUGUGGCGGCGAGAGCUCGAACGAAAGUGUCAUCACAGCUUGUCGAGUUGCUCUUCAAGAGUCCUGGUAUACCGAUACCGGGUCCCCUAGUUUUUCGAGCAGUUCUCCCUUGGAUUCAUUGAAAACCAACGCGGCUUCUUGCUCAGUGGUUUAUCUUAGCCCUGCCGCUCCUUCGCACUUGCGUCGGUGGCUCUCUCUUAAUCUCUGCUGCUCCAACCUCCUAAUCACCAUCUUGCCUGCAGAAGACAACGGCAUUUUGCGGACAGUCGGUGUAGCUCACUUCGAAAGAAUAAUCCAAAAUGACCUACACCUUGGUCGACGACCUCUACUCCUUAUCGCCUAUGCAGAGGCUCCUGCUUCAACAGGUUCAAUGUCGAGUGGUGUCUCGGACUGUCUGCCGGCUCUGGCUCGCAUUUGUCACUGUCACAAGAUGUGGCUCCAUGUUGAGGGACUCUCCUUUCACCGCAUGGCGUUGCUCACAAGCCCUUCAGUCAAGCCCACCGGGGUGACUACGAUUAAUAGCAUUAAUUUGGAGCUAUCACUCUGCCUCGGUCUACCUCGGCCUCUGAGUAUUGUAAGUCUUCGUAUUUUUCCAGUUAUCCUUAAGGAAGGUAUUAUAAGACGCCGUGUGAAGCCUCUCCUGAUGCAGUCUAGGUUGCCCGAUUCCAUUCUUCUCUACUUGAAUAUCUUUCCCUUAACAACAAGAAGAACUGCAGAGGAGAAGGAGGGGGAGACUUCGCUGCUUUCACGCUCACUGCCCUCCACCUGUCUUGCAGAUGCCCUGUUUGCUUGGUUUGCGCUUCGAAUUCAGGGUGGUAACCAUGUCGCUCGGCUUCGACAUGCCGAUCAUCUUACUGCAUACGCACUCAAAAGGAUGGAGUGCCUUCCUUUUGUGGAAAUUGUCCCAUCACACUGGUGUUCCAACGUCACAACUGACAGUUGGGACCGCGACUGCGACACCUUCAUUAGGAUGCUGUGUGACACUUCCGUACAUUCUCCAAUCAUCCUCUUCCGCUAUGCUUUCCCAUUGUCUCAAGAUGAAGAAUCUGUAGUCAAAAGGAAGUCUUCACUGAUUUCCAAUACCAAGGCUGUAGACGAAGCGUCAAUGAAGGAGCGUUGCUUGUUCGACUCCCUGGAGACCUGUGUAGACCGACGACAGGAUGGCGUGAUGGAGCAGCGUUUUGUCAACAGUCUCAACCAAUGGGUACCUUCCCUCUUCUUAGUGUUCUCUAUCAAUAAGGAGCGGGAGAAGGAGUAUCUUGUUUCACCUUACAUGCAUCUUUUGGCUUUAAAGUUGGCCAGUGCUCUACAAGUUGAGUAUCCCAGUUUCUUCAUCAAAACACAUGUGUUGUCUAAUGGAACAUUGGUUCUUCGUUUCUCCCUCCUCGAUUCUGUAAAUCUAAUGGCUGUCAAAGACGCAGACGUCGAUGCUUUGGUGGAGACAAUCAGCCUCGACUGCAGCAUAAUGGAAGCGACGUGGAAAGAGAAGCCUGCGUUUUGCAAACUCAUCAACGGUACACCAGGGCUUUACUACUACCACCUUCCUGAUUGGGCUGGUCUAGGCGCCGUUUUCUACGUGCCACACACAUACCGCUGCCUUCUACCUGAUGCUGGUGAGAUGCUGCCCUGGGAAUAUCAAAAUCUCCUGUCUACCAGUCUCCUUCGUCUUCCUGCGAAGGCGGCUCAUGACAUCUGCGAACUCAACCGCGAGCUCAUCUCCCGUCUUCGAAGCCACGACUACGCGUUCAGCUCGGCUAGAGUUACCUUCAAUACUGUACCCGGCUUUUGUGAGGCACUGGAGAAUUUGGCUUCCACGACAGGCACUAAGCGGUCGUCGAGUGCGAACUUGGUGAAUGGGGGUGGCGAAAGUAAUGGGUGUGGGGAGAAUGGGGGCGCUGCCAUCUCUCACAUGCAAUUUCACUGUCUGCGCUUUGGUCUCAUUACUCCGGGUACGGAUACUAGUGAAAUGGUGCAAAUGGUUCUGCGAAUGGCGAAUGUUGUGGAGGAGGACAGCAGCUACGUGAAUAGUCUCUCGGAGGUGGUCAAGUGGGGCAUUGAGGAGGCCACAUUGCACAUGAAAGAGGAGCGCACUAAAAUAAUGCGUGAACAGGGCGUGCUACGACAAGUGCCUUAUUUGGAUAAACUCAUCAACUGGUGGUCACCGCUCAUUCCUACACAAAUCCACGGUCAAAUGCUGAAUCUUUCCAUUGGUGAACUAGUUGCCACGGACUCCAUCCGCCCUGUUUCUAGUUCUCCACCCGUCGGGCACGACCAGACUAACAAAGAUUCUUCAAAUGGGGAGAAGGAAGCCUCUGCCUCGUUCUGGUCGUGGCUGCUCCCCUUCAGUGGAACCUCUGCAUCGUAG